GAUUUGCCAAGAAGACUUUCAUCUCCUACUCUGUCAGCUUUGGGAACAGCUUCCGGCAAGGCCGGGUUGUCGGCAUAGACCCUGAGAGGCAACAAGUCUUGCUGAGUGAUGGUGAGGAGCUUCAUUACUCCCACCUCAUUCUCGCAACAGGCAGUGAUGGACCAUUCCCUGGGAAGUUCAACAAAGACAUAGAGAUGGAAAGUGCUAUCCAGAUCUAUGAAGACAUGAUUAAGGAGAUUGAGAAAUCUGAGCGCAUCGUGGUAGUGGGAGGUGGUGCCGCUGGAGUUGAGAUGGCUGCAGAGAUCAAAACAGAGUACCCUGCCAAAGAGGUCAUUCUCAUUCACUCAGCAAUUGCGCUAGCCGACGCGGAGCUACUAGAUAGUGUCCGUCAGGUGGUGAAGGAGAUUCUCCUCAGGAAAGGAGUGCGCCUCUUAUUAAGUGAAAGGGUCAGUGACGUGGAAAACCUCACGCCAAACCGUUUCCAGAAGGACAUGGUAGUAAGGACAGAAAAGGGCACCGAGGUGGUUGCUGACAUGGUGAUCCUGUGCACUGGGAUAAAGAUUAACUCUUCAGCGUAUGCUGCUGCAUUUGGGGACAAAAUGGCAAGUAACGGUGCUUUGAAAGUUAACAAGCACCUCCAGGUGGAAGGCUAUGAGAACAUCUAUGCCAUCGGGGACUGUGCAGAUCUGAAGGAACCGAAGAUGGCCUACCAUGCUGGGCUCCACGCCAACAUCGCCGUGACAAAUAUCAUCAACAGCCUGACACAUAAGCCUCUUAAAACCUACCAACCAGGGUCCCUAACCUUCCUGCUUUCAAUGGGCAGGAAUGAUGGUGUUGGCCAGGUGAAUGGUUACUACGUGGGACGUCUCUUGGUGACCAUUGCCAAGAGCCGGGACCUGUUUGUCUCCAAGAGCUGGAAGACGAUGGGACAGAGAAUGCCCUGUUAAGAGGGGAUCAGUAACAAACCAGCAAGGAAUACAGCAACUGGCAGAGGGUGAGGGUGUGCUUUUGUUGCUGGUACAGACUGGUACUGUCUCCUGAGCACCUCCUAAAGCCACCCAUCAGUGUGUGGCAUUACAUGGGUGCCCUGCCUUGCUAUAAAGGGGAAAGAGGCACUUUCCAAAUGAUGUGCACAGAAGCUCUUACGAGAAAAACCAGGGAAGGAAUGUUUCUUUUACUUUCCUGUUGAGAUAGCCCUGAGCAAGCAACUUGAUUUACCUUGAUUUGUAAAAAUAAACACUGUGGUUUUCA